AUGGAUCUUCGCGUCGACAUCGUCGAGACGAGGCUCUGCCUGGACCAACGUAGGCGACCACCAGGUAAGUUUCCCCACAGGUAAGUGCGUUUGCUUUGUUUCUUCCUUUUGUUUGUUGAAGUUCCGCGUCGUGCGCUGCGCUUGCUGCUUGUCCUUUAUAUGCUAGUCUGUCCGUCAAUAGCUAAACGACUCCCUCGAUGCCUGCUGCGAUUGUCUGUCCGUCAGUCUAUGCCACUCUCUACUUAUAGCUAGGUGUGUUACGGUGCUUGACUUUGUGUGGUGCCCUCACUUUGUCUCUGACUGGUGACUGUGUCCGCUUGUCCACUCUAGUUCUAAGUCCCAUAGCGUUAGGCAGUGUGUAUGCUAUCUCCUACUUCACUCCAUCACAUCAUCACCUCACCACCAAGGUCCCAGGCUAAUUCGGGUCGUUCUCUCACUAACAAAAAGUCGUGGCCCAUAGUGGAGUCCGGCAGCCGUCUGGGAUAACCGGGCAGCCCUGUUCAGGGAUGCGUUGCCUGCCCCCGCGAGGGGGAGGGGGCUAGAAAAGGUGCCCUAACGAUCGCUGGGAACCACGCUGUCUGUAGGCUGGCCGUGGCCGCAGACAAAAAACACACGGUCGAAACAGCCAAAACCGAAACAACAACAACAACAACAAUUACUCUCUUCCUCUUCCAGCCUAUUCUUCUUCUUCUCCUACUCCUACUUUUGGUCGCCGCAGUCGCCAGACUGGCAGGGUGAGCCCGCUCAUUCUGGCAGCCUGGAAUGUUCGUCCCCUUUUAGACAAUCCGAGGAGCAACCGACCGGAACGGAGGACGGCGCUAGUGGCAAGAGAACUGGCGCGCUACAAGGUGGACAUCGCCGCACUCAGCGAGACCCGAUUCUCCGAACAAGGCCAACUGGAGGAGGUGGGUGCCGGCUACACCUUCUUCUGGAGUGGUCGACCCAAGGCAGAGCGACGAGACGCGGGUGUCGCCUUCGCCAUCCGGAACGACAUCGUGGGACGACUACCCUGUUUGCCGCAGGGUAUCAACGAUCUCCUGAUGAGCCUCCGUCUGCCUCUGCGGGGUGGGGGCAAAUUCGCCACAAUCAUCAGCGCCUACGCUCCGCCGAUGAGCAGCCCCGACGCCGCCGCAAGAGACAAGUUCUACGAGGACCUGCACGCCCUCUUGGCGACUGUGUCGAAGGCGGACAAGUUGAUUGUCCUUGGUGACUUCAACGCCCGCGUCGGCACAGACCAUACUGCCUGGAGGGGAGUGCUGGGUCCUCACGGUCUCCGCGGCUCCAACGACAACGGUCUGCUGCUGCUCCGCACCUGCGCAGAACACCGCCUCAUCCUGACGAACACGUUCUUCUGUCUGCCGGAGCGAGAGAAGGCCACCUGGAGGCAUCCUCGAUCGCGUCAGUGGCACCUGCUGGACUAUGUCCUCGUCCGGAGGCGAGAUCAGCGGGACGUGCUGGUGACGAAGGCGAUCGCGGGUGCUGACGGGUGGACCGACCAUCGCCUCGUCAUCUCGAAGAUGCGUAUUCGCCUACAGCCUCGCAGGAGACCACAAGGUAAGCGACCCCCAGGUAAGCUGAAUGUUGCUUUGUUGUCUUUGCCUGCUCACCGUCUCCAUUUCAGCAACGAGCUAGCUCGACGUCUAGACAACCUUCCUAUCGCUGCCGCCGCCGACGACGCCGCCGCCGCCGCUGCCGAGAAAACCUCCGUGGAGAACCGCUGGUGUCAACUGCGAGACACGGUCCAGUCGACGGCGCUCGCCGUCCUCGGUCGCGCUCCCCGCCAACACCAGGACUGGUUCGACGACAACGACGCCGCCAUCAGAAAUCUGCUUGCCGAGAAGAACCGCCUCCACAAAGCCUACGUAGAUCGCCCCACUGAGGACAACAAAGCUGCCUUCUACCGCAGUCGCCGACAGCUUCAGCAACGACUGCGCGAGAUGCAGGACGCCUGGACUGCUCGCAAAGCUGAGGAGAUCCAAGGCUACGCGGACCGCAAGGAAUGGAAGAACUUCUUCUCUGCGAUCAAAGCUGUCUACGGUCCGCCGACGAAGGGCACUGCUCCUCUCCUCAGCGCCGACGGCUGCACUCUCCUGACUGAGAAGACGCAAAUCCUACAGCGAUGGGCCGAGCACUUCCGAGGCGUCCUCAACCGCCCUUCCGUCAUCUCCGACGCCGCCAUCGCCAGCUUGCCGGAAGUGGCGACCAACGUGGACCUCGACCUCCCGCCAUCUCUCCAGGAGACCAUCAGGGCCGUGCAGCAGCUCUCCAGCGGGAAAGCACCCGGAUCGGACGCCAUCUCAGCUGAGGUCUACAAGCACGGAGGUCCCCUUCUGAUUGAUCACCUGACUGCGCUCUUCCAGGAGAUGUGGCGUCAAGGUGAAGUCCCGCAGGAUUUCAAGGACGCAACUAUCGUGCACCUAUACAAGCGAAAAGGGAAUCGCCAAGUCUGCGACAACCACCGCGGCAUCUCCCUACUGAACAUCGCGGGAAGAUCUUCGCUCGCAUCCUGCUCAACCGCCUCAACAACCAUCUGGAACAGGGCAUUCUGCCGGAAAGCCAAUGCGGCUUCCGUCGUCAUCGUGGGACCACGGAUAUGAUCUUCGCCGCCCGCCAACUUCAGGAGAAGUGCCAGGAGAUGCGGACCAACCUGUACUCUACCUUCGUGGACCUGACGAAAGCCUUCGACACGGUGAAUCGUGAAGGACUGUGGAAGAUCAUGCAGAAAUUCGGCUGUCCGGAGCGAUUCACUCAGAUGGUGCGUCAGCUGCACGACGGUAUGAUGGCGCGAGUCACGGACAACGGAGCUGUCUCAGAGGCAUUCGCAGUGACCAACGGAGUGAAGCAGGGCUGUGUGCUGGCGCCUACCCUCUUCAGUCUUAUGUUCUCUGCCAUGCUGAUGGACGUCUACCGCGACGAACGCCCUUGA